UGGUGUUAUAUCUUGGAGCCGCUUCAGUUCAGUGGCAUUGCAACUGUUGGCCGAAUCGGACGUACCGCUGCACUUGGUAGAAUUCUUGCUGCCUGUGGCUUUCGCGUGUGUUACCUGUACCUGUAUUUCGGUUUUACAGUUACUAACGAGUUAUGUGCGCUUGAAUGCCAAAUUUAAUUGUCGCUCUUUGCAUGCUCGCCAGCAGCGUUUUUGAAAACGUUUUCGUGAAGCGCUUAGGAAACUACUUUCGUUUUCCCCCCAACUUUCCAUUUUCUUGCUCGUCGGCUUGCCAUUGAAAAAAGUGUCAAAACCCAAGUAGUGCUAAUCACCCAAAUCAGAGAUAAAACAUUCGAAAAAAAAAAAAAACAAAACGGAGUAUAUACAAUUGCGAAACGCGUGUGAAUUGAUCGAGUUUUGGAUUAUGGCUCUCAUGGACACCGCCUGGCGUUGUCGCCUCAUGAUCUUCGGCGUCGUCUCGCUGCUGCUUGUGGGCGAUCUUUUUGUAUACGGCGGCGGCAUGAAGUCCAACCACCCCAAUCCCCACUCGGUGAGAUCGGCGGGCGGCGCGGGGCAGGGGGGCGCCCCAACGGGUCCGGCGGCAGCAGCGGCCAGCAAGUUCCAGACCAAAAAUGCCGAAAUCGACAUAACCGAAGAGCACGAAUUCAAUGAGAUCUCAGCAGCGGCUCAAUCCCUCAAGCCGGAAAUGGCAGUGGUUACUGGAGCUAGCCUGAAGACCAAGUCCCAACUCACGGACACCAUCAAGGAGUCGUGUCUUCCCAAGAUGCUCUGCGAACUGGCCUCCAAGCCGGAGUACCAGCUCAGCGAAAGGGAGCGGGAACUACUGAGACUGAUCAGAUCGCCAACAAUGCCCUGGAUGAUGAACAUGCCGCCCAGCAAAUGGUAUUUCGCGGCCCACAUGGGCGAGCUAAUGCGCCACACCGGAGACAAUCUCAGCGGACCGAUGGGAUGCGCCAAUCUCUGGCCAAACUGCCCGAUCAGCUCCAAGAAGCUGAUGAAGAUCAGCUACAAAGUGAGGACCUAGCCACUGGAUCCGCGCCCCAAGUAUUAGGAUGUAGGAUUUAGGCCGCCUCAACUUGUGUACCAUAUGUCUUCACCGUUCGAUUAGCUAGCCUACCUUGUAAAUUACCUUAAAUUUAGAUUAGAUUAGAUUAGACUAGACCUUAGUCCCGACUUGACUGAAGUGACUGUAGAACUGUAACCUCUUGUAUCCGUAUCUUCUGGCUACAAGUCCUAGGUAGCUUGUACAUACUAAUAGUACGUGUGACUAGUCACGAUCUGAUUUAGCGUUACGCCUUAGUCAUAAGUUGGAUGCUCCUGUAAUUGUUAAUAAAUUACACUCUUGUGUGCGAACUCCCUAA